GUUUCCUUGGAGACACGCUGACCAAUGGCAGCAGCGGAAGCUGUUUAUGGGGGCGGAGCGUCGCCAUGGCAGCAGGAGAAGCCUUCCGAGCGACUACUUAAUACCGGUCCCCGGGCCGCUGGCGUUCAGAGAGGCGCCGUCGGGCGUGGGGGGGACGACGAGGGUUGCUGGCAGGGUCCUCGAGCUGGGGGCAGAGAGCCGCGGGGGGUGGCAGGACCUUCUUCCAGAACCUUCCUUUGGCCCGAGCUGCGCUCUGAGCCAGACACCACAUUCGACUCGGAGGAGGCGACCCCCGGGGUCGUGGGAUGGAAGCGCGCUUCCGGGAGCCUGUGUAACUGGAGCCGCGGGAGUCAGCGGGCCGGAGAGCGCCACCCUCGGCUCAGCUCGUGGAUGUUGACCGCCCCCUCAGAGAGUCCCCGCAGAUAUGGCGGAGAGCUGGCUACGCCUCUCGGGAGCAGGGGCUGCGGAGGAAGCCGGGCCGGAGGGCGGCCUAGAGGAGCCCGAUGCCCUGGAUGACAGCCUGACCAGCCUGCAGUGGCUGCAGGAAUUCUCCAUUCUCAACGCCAAGGCCCCCGCCCUGCCCUCUGGGGGCACCGACCCCCACGGCUACCACCAGGUGCCAGGCUCGGCCGCGCCGGGGUCUCCCCUGGCAGCCGACCCCGCCUGCCUGGGGCAGCCACACACGCCAGGCAAGCCCACGUCGUCGUGCACGUCCCGGAGCGCGCCCCCGGGGCUGCAGGCCCCGCCUCCCGACGACGUGGACUACGCCACCAACCCGCAUGUGAAGCCGCCCUACUCCUAUGCCACGCUCAUCUGCAUGGCCAUGCAGGCCAGCAAGGCCACCAAGAUCACCCUGUCGGCCAUCUACAAGUGGAUCACGGACAACUUCUGCUACUUCCGCCACGCUGAUCCCACCUGGCAGAAUUCCAUCCGCCACAACCUGUCUCUGAACAAGUGCUUCAUCAAGGUGCCGCGGGAGAAGGACGAGCCGGGCAAGGGGGGCUUCUGGCGCAUCGACCCCCAGUACGCCGAGCGCCUGCUGAGCGGGGCCUUCAAGAAGCGGCGGCUACCGCCGGUCCACAUCCACCCGGCCUUUGCCCGCCAGGCCGCGCAGGAGCCUCGCGCCGCGCAGUGGGCCGGGCCGCUGACCGUGAACACCGAGGCCCAGCAGCUGCUGCGGGAGUUCGAGGAGGCCACCGGGGAGGCCGGUUGGGGUGCGGGCGAGGGCAGGCUGGGGCAUAAGCGCAAACAGACGCUGCCCAAGCGGGUGGCCAAGGUCCCGCGGCCUUCCAGCACCCUGCUGCUGACCCAGGAGGAGCAGGGCGAGCUGGAACCCCUCAAAGGCAACUUCGACUGGGAGGCCAUCUUCGACGCUGGUGCUCUGGGCGGGGAGCUGGGCACCCUGGAGACCCUGGAGCUGAGCCCGCCGCUGAGCCCCGCCUCGCACGGCGACGUGGACCUCACCGUCCAUGGCCGCCACAUCGACUGCCCGGCUCCCUGGGGGCCUCCGGCGGAGCAGGCUGCCGACAGCCUGGACUUCGACGAGACCUUCCUGGCCACGUCCUUCCUGCAGCACCCCUGGGACGAGAGCGGCAGUGGCUGCCUGCCCCCGGAGCCCCUCUUCGAGGCCGGGGAUGCCACCCUGGCCGCCGACCUGCACGAGUGGGCCAGCGUGGGUGCCUUCUUGUAAGCAGCCAGGCCCGCCCCCACCUCCGGACAGCGCCCGAGUCAGGGCCCCCGACUGCCCCCCAAAGCUGGCCCACAGACACCCUACCGACCGCUCAGGCAGGGGCUGGGCCGGAUCUUCUGAGGCUGACCCCACGAGGCCACACGGCCCCCAGCCCAGGCCGGCCUCAGAUUCCAGCGCAGACGGCUGAGAACCGGGGCCCAGGACCAGAAUUGCCGCCUCCCCUCCCCAGCCUCCCGUACAUACAGUGUUUUAUUGACCCACUUCUUCCCGGCCCCAGAGACACCGCAACGGCCCCACACUGUGAGAGCUGCAGCUUGGAGGGGCUGAGCGGGAAGCCACAGUACUGGGCCCGCCCGGAGCAUCUUAGCUUCAAGGCCUUGGCCUCUCCCUCUCCCUCUGUCCUCCCCAGGUCUCUAUCCAGAGAAAGUUCCCAGGUACAACAAAUGCUAAUUAGACGACUGCAAAUUAACCCCCUGGAGGCUGCUCCCGCAGAACCUCCCUGGGGCUGGGGCCAGCAGUCAGGGAGGAGGGGGGGGGCUAAGGGGAGGAGGGCAGACAGAGCAGACAAGCGAGGUCGGGGUGCCUGGUGGAGCAAGGAGAUUUUCUAAGGCCUCUGGGGUCUUCUGGCCCCAUCCCGAGAGGCGGGGUCAAAGGUGUAAACCCCUAACCUUUGAGCCUAACUUCAGGCUGAGAGUGGUGGGGAG